ACCAAGAUUCCUGUCAUAGUUGUUUGAGCCUUUUCGAAGCUAAACAAAGAAAGGUGCCUUUGAAAUCUGCACAGAAAGCAAUUGCCACCAUCCAGCAACAACGUGUAAGGUGUAAAGAUCUCGAGAGCCAGCUUGUGAAUAUGCAAAGGGAGAUUCAUUCUAACAGUAUUGAGAUCAAUAAAACUCUUGAAGACGACAUCUUGAGUAUUUUGGACAAGAGUGACCUUAAAACUUCGCCCCAUUUGAACUUGUUCUGGGAACGGCAGAAGAAACUUCUGGCAUCCCACAAGUUCGGUCGAAGAUAUCAUCCCCACCUUAUCAGAUUUUGCCUCUCCUUACACUCCAAGUCACCAUCAGCAUACCGAGAACUGGUAUCAUCUGGUGUUUUAGUGUUGCCUAGUGAACGGGUUUUAAGGGACUACAGGAACUUCUUCAAACCAAAACCUGGUUUCAAUGAAGCAAUGUUACCCAAUUAUGAGAGCAGACCAACUGUUUGA